AUGGAGUUUGUAUCUGGUUAUCGGGAUGAGUUCCUCGACUUUGCUGCCCUUCUAUUUGGCUGGUUCCGCAAGUUUGCCUCAGAGCGGGGAACUGGGGUGGGUGGGGGGAAUGGCCCUGAGGGUCGAUCAAGGUUGAUGGAGGCCCAGGUAAGACGGUUGCCCCCAGACCCUGCCCUCUGGGUCCUUCACAUCUUGCCCAACCGUAGUGUGGGGAUCAGCUUGGGGCAAGGUGCUAAGCAGGGACCUGGACCAGGCCUGGGCGCUGCCCGUCUUUUGGGAGAUGAGCCCCCUCUCUGUCUCAGAGACCUUAGCCCCUAUGUCAGCUUUGUUAGCCUCGAAGAUGGAGAGGAAGAAGAAGAUGGGGAGGAGGAAGGUACGGGUGGAGAGGAAGGUGAACUGGAGGAGGAAGGAGAACAAGCCACCACUAGCCGGGAGCCCACCCAGGAUGCUGAGACACCUGGGGAGCCAGAAGAUACUGAGGAAGAGGCAGGAGAGGACAGCAGCGGAGGGGACACCAGAGAGGAUGGAGGAGAGGAGGAAAUGGGGCCAGAGAAGAGAAGGGGCAAGAGAGGUGAUGCUGCCCCCCUACACCUGGCCUGCCUACUUCUGGUGACUGAUGAACAUGGCACUAUCCUGGGCAUUGACCUCCUGAUGGGUGGACCCCAAGGGAGUGGAGGCAGGGCCAUUGGGGCUGAGGGCCUGGCCCAAAGAGCUUAUACUCUCCUCUGCCACAGUAUGGCCUGCCCUAUGGGAGCUGGAGAUCCUAGAAGACCCCGACAGCUCACAGUGGGAGACCCCCAGCUACAUCGGGAGCUGGAAAGCUUGGUCCCAAGGCUUGGGGUGAAGCUAGCCAAAGCCCCAAUGAGGACAUGGGGCCCCCGUCCUGGCUUCACUUUUGCCUCACUCCGUGCCCGUGCCUGCCAUGUGUGUCACAGACACAGUUUUGAAGUGAAGUUGAUGCCCUGCCCCCAGUGUGGUGCAGUCCUGUACUGUGGGGAGACCUGUGUCUGGGCUGACUGGAGACGCAGGCCAGAUGAUGUGAGCCAUCGAUUCUGGUGCCCAAGACUUGCAGCUUUCAUGGGGCGGGCUGGGGAGCUGGCAGCCUUGCCCUUCACCUACACUGCUGAGGUAACAAGCGAGAUGUUUAAUAAGGAGGCAUUCCUGGCCUCCCGAGGCCUCACACGAGGCUACUGGACUCAACUCAGCAUGCUCCUCCCAGGUCCUGUUGCCCCAGGAUACCCCCCAGGCAAUGGGCCUCCCCUCAGCCUCCUUCUCAGUGGAGAUCCUUAUCAGCUACUUCAAGGAGAUGGCCCCCCCCUGAUGCCUCCAGUGCCUCCUGACCCACCUCGAGGCCCUUUUGGUUCCUGGCAAGAUUACUAUGCAUGGCGUGGCUUGGGCCUGGACUCUCCCUUGGCUGUUCUCCUUACCUACCCACUGACUGUCUACUAUGUUAUUACCCACCUGGUGCCCCAGUCUUUCCCAGAGCUGAACAUCCAAAACAAACAGUCCUUGAAAAUCCAUGUGGUUGAGGCUGGGAAGGAGUUUGAUCUCAUCAUGGUGUUUUGGGAGCUCUCUGUUCUACUCCCUCAUGUGGCCCUGGAGCUGCAAUUUGUAGGUGGUGCUUUGCCUCCUGAAAAUGAUCAGCAACAUUUUACCCUUCAGAGGGAUGGAUCAGGAGUGUCUGUCCGUCCAGGCUCAGGUGUAUCUGCUCGUCCAGGCUCAGGAGCUAAAGAGAAGGGAAGCCGUAGAGAUCUUCAGAUCAAGGUUUCUGCCCGGCCCUACCACCUACUUCAGGGACCCAAGCCUGACCUGGUCAUUGGUGACCCUUCUGCCUCUUCCUCAGGAUUUAACUCUGGCUUUGGUCUCAAGGACACCUGGUUGAGUUCUCUGCCUCGAUUACAGUCUCUUCGAGUCCCUGCGUUUUUCACGGAGAGCAGUGAGUACAGCUGUGUCAUGGAUGAGCAGACCAUGGCUGGGGCCACAGGAGGGGGGACCAGCCCCCCACAGCCCAACCCCUUUCGAUCACCCUUCCGCCUCCGGGCCGCAGACAACUGCAUGCCUUGGUACUGUAAUGCCUUCAUCUUUCACUUGGUCUACAAGCCUCCUCAGGGGAGCGGGAUCCGCCCUGCCCCUGGACCUGCCCCCCCUGUCCCAGCCCCAACAGUCCCUCUAGUCCCUGCCAGAAGGCGAAGAGGAGAGAAGAGGCCGAGUCGUGGAGGCCGAAGGAGGAGGUGAGAGUCAGAGAUGGAAUUAUCACUUCCCACAAAACUGUUAAAAAGAAGAACCUUCAGGCAAUGGGGAAGGGCUAGCUGGGGAAAUGGGAAAGGUGAAUAAAAUUAUUGGUUUGAGAGGCAAAUGAA